UUCUCCGGAGAGUUUUGUCCAAGAUGGCGUCAACGCAGUUAACGGAUGAGGAGCUUUUCUCCGAAUUAAAGCGCUUUGGUUUCACUCCAGGCCCGGUUACCGAAAACACUCGCCCGGUUUAUUUGAAAAAACUGAAGAAGCUUCGGGAGGAGCAACAGCAGCGGGGCUCUAGGGCGGGUAAAACCCGUAGCGGUGGGGCCAUCCACAGCACCGCUGGCGGAGGCAACACGGCGGGAUCCAGGCCAGCCAGCCAUGACGUCACGCACCUGAGCUCCAGCAGGAGACCGGGCAGGAAGCCCUCCGUCCUCGGCUUCAGCUCCGACGAGUCUGACGCUGAAACUCCGCUGAAAAGAAAAGGCCUCAAUCACAGCGGUAGGGCAGACCGAAGUUCCAGUUUCCCGCAACAGCUGAAGAUAAGGCCCGUUACGACGCAGACUGCAGCUACCAAGACUCAGUAUGGCGCUACGAGUACGGUAAAUAGCAACAAUUCUUCCCCGGGUCCGGGCGGGCAGAGAAGUGUCUCGCUGGGCUGGGGAGUCCGUGCCAGAUCCAGCCCUGAGGCUGAAGGGAGGGAUUGCGACGACUCUGGGGACGACGACGAUUAUGAGGGGGGAACGGAGAAGAACUCUCGCUCUUUAAAUGGCUGUGGGGCGUCUCACUUGAACGCUAGCAAGCUAGCUGGGGAUUACUCCGACUCCGAUGAGGAGGAGGUUGGGGGCCUUGGUGCCGGAGACAAACCGCGGGAUAGGUUGGAGCCUAGACGGAGCCACCCUAAAGCGGAGUUUCCUUCCCACGUAGUGGGCCGAGGGUCUCAGACGGGAGGGGCAGCCAGACAGGUCAACCCGCCGGAGAGUCUAAAUAUGGUGGGGGGCCGGAGGCAGGAGGGGGAGGAAGACGAGGUGAAGAGAAGGGACUCGGACCCAUCGGGAAUCUUUCGGAGCCACAACUUUCCCAGGAAGUCCAUCUACGUGUCCCUCGCCGAGAACCACGGAGGAGAGGCCGGGAAAAAUAACCACGUCGACGGCGAGGACGGAGCCCCCAGAAGCAGCAGCAGCAGCACUAGUAGGUUUGCCAUUGGGUUGAGACCGCGCUUCUCCAACUAUAGCAGCCUGUCCCAGACCUACAGGGGCAACCACUCCAAUCACACCGCCCCCAGUCCCAACCACUCGUAUAGCCAGGCAGUGCUGAAGCAGAAGCUGUCCGUUCCGGAGGAUGAGCUGCUCCAGCAGUUUAAAAGGGAGGAGGUGGCCUCCUCUGGUAGCUUCAGCGCUCACUACCUGUCCAUGUUCCUGCUCACGGCAGCCUGCCUCUUCUUUCUGCUGCUGGGCCUCAUGUACCUCAGGAUGAGGGGCACUGGAUCUUCGGAGGUGGAUGGAGUCAUUAAGAACCAUCCUUUUGGCAGCGAUUUUGACUCUUCUUAUGAAAAGGCGGAGAAGGACCUGAUCCUAAAGCUGCUGCUGAAUCUACAUGACCACCUGGCCCACGUCGCUGGCCAGCAUGACUGUGGCGACCAGCAGCAUCCCAACAGAAGUCUGUCCAUGGAUGAGGCCUCGGCGUACUUACUGGCUCAGAAUAAGGAGUUUAAAGGCUUCAUUCUUACUUCUCUGGAGUGGAUCAUCCGGACAGGCCAGGAUGUCGGGAUAAGGCUGACUGGUCAGGUAGCUGAUGAUCCAUUGACCGACGUGUCUGAGAUCUCUCAGCUGGAGUCCACGCAUCCCAAGAUGCCCUUCGUGUGCCGCUUCCGCCGAGCCUUCCUCACCGUCAUCAGCAGAGUCUUCCUGAUUGCAGCCGUGGUCGGCUGUGUGUGGAGUGGGGUCUGCUACAUGAAGUAUCGCUGGAGGAGAGAGGAGGAGGAGACCAGGCAGAUGUAUGACAUGGUGGAGAGGAUCAUCGAUGUGUUGAGGAGCCACAGUGAGGCUUGCCAAGAGAACCAGGACUUGCAGCCAUACCUGCCCAUCCCCCAUGUCAGAGACUCUCUGGUUCAGCCUCAGGACCGGAAGAAAAUGAAGAAGAUUUGGGAGCGGGCUGAAAGGUUCCUCUCAGCCAACGAGUCCAGGAUUCGAAAAGAGACCCAGAGGAUCGGUGGAGCAGACUUUCUGGUCUGGAGGUGGAUUCAGCCUUCUCUCAGUUGUGACAAGACCUCCUUGAUGCCCUCCAAAGUCUGGCAGGGAAAAGCUUUCCCGCUGGACCGCAGGAACUCGCCUCCCAACAGCCUGACGCCAUGUCUGAAGAUCAGAAACAUGUUUGACCCAGUCAUGGAGGUUGGGGAGAACUGGGAUCUAGCCAUCCACGAGGCCAUCCUGGAGAAGUGCAACGACAACGACGGCAUCGUCCACAUCGCCGUCGACAAGAACUCGCGAGAGGGCUGCGUCUAUGUCAAGUGUCUGUCUGCAGAGCACUCAGGGAGAGCCUUCAAGGCACUUCAUGGCUCCUGGUUUGAUGGUAAGCUGGUGACGGUGAAGUAUCUGCGUUUGGACCGCUACCACCAGCGCUUCCCGCAGGCCCAGGCCUGCAGCACCCCUCUGAAGGCCUCCGGGAGCACCACGAGCGCCACAAACACUACGCCCCGCCUGCAGCACCGAGGCGCCGCCAACUCGUCGGGCUUCUCGUGAGACGAGCGCCGGCGUUCUAGAUUUAGCGUUGUUCUCUGUGCCCCUCCCAGCAUGGCCGCGCCAGUCUGCUGCUGCUCCUUCACUGCUUCACAACGGGGAAGACUUGAGUCUGGGUCAAAGGGAGAGAGCUGGGUUUUCUUUUCUUUUUUUUGUUUGUUUUCUUUUUUUCAACGGAGGAUCGCAAGAGAAGUUGUUGAGCGGCGCGGCGUUUGUUUUCAAUAAUCUUUUGUAUUAAAAUGUCAUGGAUUUGAACAAGGAAGCGGAGCUCUUCUGGAAUAUUUAAGAUGUGUGCAGAGACUUCAUCCUCCCUCCUCUUCCGCAGUCUCACGCCAUGGAUGGAGUUGAUUUGGGCACCGUAUGGAAAUGGCUGCAUGUAUCAGAGUAUGCCUCGAUGUAAGCUCUCAAUGCGACACAGUGUGGGUGUUGAUUUCCCGGAAAUUUCGAUGUACUCCCUGUUAUUGUUGUUAUUAUUGUUAUUAUUAUUAUUAUUCUGAUGAUUAUUAUUUAGUCAAGUGAGGAAGGCAUGAACAGACUUGUAGAGGGCGUGCUGUAAAUACAUGUGAAUGGUGGCACAAGCUUUAUUACAUCCUCCGUAUUAAAAGCAAACCGUAAGCUCACAUUUUAUUAUUUUCCUCGCUGCUCACGUACCACAGACUCCAGCUGUAUCCCAGGCUCCACGAGGGGUCGCGACAGCACCGCUAACGCAGAACAGGGUAACAUUUUUGGUUCUAGCAUCCAGCAAGCGCUCCCACACUCUCGGCACUCUCGGCUUCGGAGCGUUAUAUAACGAGAAUCGGGGAGCGUACCUUUUUAACAGUCCCCCUGAAAGCUUUCCCCUCCAGAUUGUAAUCCAAUAUAUUCCCAAAUUAUUCUUCUUAUUAUUUCACGUUAUGUUUCAUUAUUCGCCUCCUUUUCAAGUCGGGUCGUUUUCACUGUGGGCGCAGCGUCCCCUCGUAUUUCCAAACCUGUGCUGAACAAGCGCAGCGGGUGUGGGGUCACCUCUCUGUGCACAAAGGCCAACCAGACCAGAGGAACACACACACACACACACACACACACACACACACACACACACACACACACACACACACACACACACACACACAGAGGGUUCAGGGUGGCUUGUGGUCCAGUUUACAGUCGGCUCGUCUUCCUUUUGGAGAGGCUGAUGUUCCCGCUCGUGAUCCACCCUGAUGCUGUCACUACUGCUCUGUCAACAUAUCAGCGUCCUGGGAUUAUGCUACCACUCUUUUUGUCACAAGGAGUACUGUGAGAAUGUUGUUGUUUUUUUAACACUCAAACCCAAAUAUUCCCACCCCCUUGUUAAGAAGACUCUACUGAAUUUAGGGAUUCCUGAUAGCCUGUGUUUUUAACAGCACCCUGUGUAUUCCAAAAAAACCUGCUAGAAAUCCAGGAGUUGCCAGACCUAAUUUCAGUAUUUUUUUAUUUAAUUUUUUUUAUGCAGUGAAUUAAAAGUUGGAUUCCGUAUUUGCAGUGUGAAAUUGUACAAAUGAUGCACAUUUCAAAUGUUCAAAACCUGCUGCAACAGUUCGCGGCAGGCAACCCAACUGUGCCUUAAAUUUGUGCUUUAUUUUUUUUUCUUAAGACUGGCACUGCAUUACUUGAGAAUGUUCUGGAUUUAAGAAAUGUUUUAACUGUUAAGGGGAGGAACAAGGCCUGCCAUAGAUGUAGUUUUGGUAGAGUUUGACAUCUUUCAGAUUUGGUAUUUUGUAGCAGUUUCCUUUGAUAUUAAACCAAAUGCUUCUCUAUUUAUUAUUAUUAUUUUAAAAAACAAAUCAGCUGUGGUGAUGUACUAUUUUAAUGUCACUAAACCUGUUACAUAUGUGUCAUAACUUUUUUUUUUUUUUUUUUUUCCCUGGGGGAUCGACCUUACAUCCGCUUCCAGACAAUUGUCAGGAUGUGUAAAAUGACAAAAUAAAGUGAACACUUUUCUGAAAUAAGCCAGUCGAUAGUGCGUCACUGUAAUCUAUUUUUGUACGUCUCCAGCAGAAUGGUCUCAGCCCACAACUGACUGGAAUGAGGAGGAAUGGAAAUGUUGGUGCGAUUGCGAUGGCACUUCUCCAGCCUUGUGCUUCACCUUUUUUUUUUUCUUCCUAUGAUGUAUUUUAUGUAAACACUGUACAUUGAUAUAACUGUCUAUUACAUGCAGCUUUAUUUCUAUUGCGUUGGCUGUUUGGAGUGACCAGUAUCCCUAACCUUCUAGCCAGAGGGAUAGGUGUACAAUAUACUACAGACAUUUAAGAAGAUCCAGACGUUUUAAUGUAAUUUGUCAAUUGUACAAAAAAACCCAGCUCAAAUUAAAGGUUUAUUAGGAGUUUUUAAAAUGGUUCUUGUUGUGCUGUUGUGUAAUGUACACACACGGGGCAGAAACAUUGUAGAAACGGCCUUCUGCCGUCUUCUGGGUUCGUAGCGGUUAUUCGUCUGUCGAGGCUGUUUUAGGUUUUUAAUUAAAAUCCCAAUUUUAAUUCUCAA